CAGCUCUGCAGUCCCCAUACAGCCAGGCCUGUUCCCAUCUCCCAUUAAAUUAGAGUCAGCAUGACUUCCUAGUCAAGAUUCUCCUAGCUUUUUACCUGCCUAAGUGAAUCCCACCUCAUUCCACCUCCCCGGUAAUGAUGGGGUGGGAGGUGGGGGCAUCAUCACAUCGUGUUACAGUCCACCCCCACUGCUGUUGCCACACUGCUCUCUGUAUCUAGCACCUGUUUAGUAUCUCUGCAUCCUAGGGAUGAUCUCCAGGGAUGUUCCCCCUCACCAGUUUUUGUUCCAGGUGUGAGCAAAGGCUGUGAUGAGCACCAGCUGCAGUAGUAUGAAAGCGAAGCCUCCACAGAUACCCACAUAGUGCCAUGCUGUAGGGUGAGCUUCAAUAAGUAAAUAUCGUUCAACUCCAAUUUAUCAUUGGAUGUACUUCUCCCUUCCUCCCCUUCCCACCACCCUCAGGUGAUGAGCCAAGGUUAGAAUGAGGGCUGAAGGUUACCUGGAAAGAUAUGCUCAUCUGGGAUAUAGAAGGCAGCAGUACAGAGGCCCAACAAGGCCAGCAGCUUCAAGAGCCAGAAGCUGGGUCACAGGAGAGAGAACACAUGCUCAGGGCAGAAGGAGUAGGAAGGGAUAAAAGUUAUUAGAAAAGAAGGAGUAUUAAUAGCUGACAUUUAUGGAGCACUAUAAGGUUAUCUCGUUUGAUCCUUACAGCUCUCUAAGGUAAGUGGUGACCUCAUAGGAAAAGAGAUCAGGUUACCAGACAGAGAGACAAUGGCCUUAUAAGAUUGCUGAAACUUUGCCCUCUCCUCCUAUCCUUGUGGCCUGUGUUCCCUAAUCUGGCCCAUUUUAGCCCUUCCUGGAACUUAAUUUGUUUCUGCCUUUUCCCCAAGGUUCUAUUCCCUUCUUUCCCCAGAUAAAACAUUGUAUUCCCCACAUACCCAUUGUGCAGCCGAGCCCGGGGGCUGGUGGAAGAGUUGACAUUAAGCAGGAUCACAGCUUGUAGCAAGUAGAAGGUGGCAGUGCCCGCACAUACUCGGUACACAGCCCCAGAGCCAGUUGGUAUUGGGCAGUUAUCCUGCCCAGAGGGAGCAGUACACAGACCAGAGGGGAUUAAUACCUGGGGGCAGGCAGGGCAGGGGUUGGAAGGGAGAGCAGAUAGGAAUAAUCAAUUUUGUGGAAAGAAAAGCACUUUGCUCCCCACACUAUUCUAAAAUUUGCUUCAAGUAUUCACUUAGCCACAUCCCCAAGGUUCUCCCAUCUACCCAGCUUCCUUCACAUUCCAGCGUUUCCCUCACUUUUUUUUUUUCUUGCUCCACUACCCUGGCCACCCUUAAUCUGUUGACCUCACCCACUUUGCCCCAGAAGACGUCCAGGACUGUUCGAGAGAGCAGGAGGCAGCAGGUGGCUGAGGCCCCCACAUGUAGAAGGGUGUAAAGCAGUCGACUGCUGGUAGAUUCCUUGAGAGGAGGCAACCCAGAGUAACAGCCACUAGUCCAGGAGGCAGGGCCACAGCAGCACGAUGCCUGGGAACAAAGAUGAUGUAGAACAGUUGUCUCUAAAAUUCCUCACUGGGGGUAAUUGAAAAUGGUAGAAAUCUAGAUGGGGGGGUGGUAGUGUGCUCAGAAGGGACUAAGGUGAAUGUGUGUUAAGGAAGAUGUUAAUGGAUGGAGCAGCCUUCAAGGAAAUCUUCCCUUCUUCCCAGACAUCUAAUUUCUGGAUUCAUUUUCAUUUAGAUUGGAGCUCUCAGAUGCUCUGGGCUCAAUGCUGCUCACUGGUCCUUCAGACACAGGACUACAUCAAGCAGACCCUGUCCCAAUAGUUUUGUUUAUCCAGAUCUUAAAUUACAACCAAUAUCUGACCCCUCCCUAGGGGUUCUGAUUAGGGUUCUGAGGAAGAAAUUCAGAGGUUAGGAAGAUGGGAAUGGGGAAUUUCACAGUCAGGGUAAAAGAUUAGUUGAGGGGGCAAAGUUGGCCCCAUUUGAAGGUAAAGUGGCUCCUGAAUGCCUUAUUCUCAGCAAACCGUACACACACAGCAUAUGCUCUCUCACCUGGUACAAAACAGUUCUUUCCACAGUACUGUUGAUCGAGCUCCACUGCUGGACCGGGUCCAGGGAUGAGUUAGGGCUUCUGGGAGGAGCCUUCACUCCUACCAUCCCUGUCCUAGAGUCCAGGGGUCUAAUUAGUGCUUCCGCUAAGGAAAAAGGAAGCAACUUGCCCCGUCCUCAGUGCCUCAGAAAUUGCCUGAACAUCCUGGCUGCGGCUGUUCAGGAGGAGCAGGUUGGCUGGGUGGGAGUCAGGACCCCUGGGAGAAGCAACCCGGCGGUCCCAUAUCUCCUGCACUGUGUUCAUGCAUGUACGAAUAUGUCGGUGCUGUGUACUCGUGACUACUUCGGGCCCUACCUCCUUUUCCCCCCACGGGCCCCCGGUCAAUCCACAGAUUAGGUGGGCGGUUUGCAGAUCUGGUUUGGGCUGGAUUAACUUCGUUAAUGGGUUUAGGAUUUGACUUCAUCCACUGAAGACCUGCCAGGGUCAGAGAGAAGGGGGCCUGGACUAGAGGGUGAUGUGAGAGUGCUGGAGGGGUGGUGUCAAGUGUUUGGGUCUGUGAGAAUAUGCGCUGCAGGUGUGACCUCGUCCUCGUCACCGAUCCAAGUCCAAGCGCACUGGGCGGGCAGCGGACCGAGAGAUCUGGUCAGAGAGGUCCCCUCCUCCUCGUCUAAGACUGUCACAGUUGCAGCGCGGGAACGCCCGGCACAGCUCUGCCCCUUCCUGCCUCGCUCCGCCUAGCUCAGGGGUGACCCCGCCCCCUCUUCCCAAGCGAGGGGGCGUGGUCGCAAGGGGCCCUUAGGGUGGUGGCCACUGGGAACGCUACAGGGAGAGCUUGGGCCAGGAUGCGCCCGGAAGGGGCGGAUCCUCGUCCGGAAGUCGCUGAACGGUGGGUCCGGAAGACGCGGCGCGCGGGAGGCAGCGCGCCUGGGACGAGAUGGCGACCGAGGGUGAUGUAGAACUGGAACUGGAGACCGAACCGAGUGGCCCCGAGCGGCCGCCGGAGAAGCCGCGGAAACAUGACAGUGGCGCGGCGGACCUGGAACGAGUGACCGACUAUGCAGAGGAGAAGGAGAUCCAGAGCUCCAACCUGGAGACGGCGAUGUCGGUGAUUGGAGACCGGCGGUCCCGGGAGCAGAAGGCCAAGCAGGAGCGGGAGAAGGAACUGGCAAAAGUUACAAUCAAGAAGGAAGAUCUGGAACUCAUAAUGACAGAGAUGGAAAUCUCGAGGGCAGCAGCAGAACGGAGUUUGCGGGAACACAUGGGCAAUGUAGUAGAAGCUCUUAUUACCCUUACCAACUAACCUUUGAAUGGCCGUGUCUUGAUGGAUUUAUUUAUUGAAAUAAAGGUUUCUCUUUCCCCCA